UUGAGUCGUGUGUUUCCUGCUCUUCGCCGCCUCCGCGGGUUCUCCGGAUCUUCGCAACCCCGCCAGCAUGUCUCAGGCUGAGUUUGACAAAGCUGCUGAGGAUGUUAAGCACCUCAAGACCAAGCCAGCAGAUGAUGAGAUGUUGUUCAUCUACAGCCACUACAAACAAGCAACUGUGGGUGACAUAAACACAGAACAGCCUGGGCUGUUGGAUCUCAAAGGCAAGGCCAAGUGGGAUGCCUGGAAUCAUCUGAAAGGGACUUCCAAGGAAGACGCCAUGAAAGCUUACAUCAACAAAGUAGAAGAACUAGAGAAAAAAUAUGGAAUAUAACAGACUGGAUUUGGCUGCCAACACUGCAUUUCAUCUAAACUGAUCUAAUGCCUUUCUUUUCUAAUACUGUGGAUGACAUGAAAUAAUGCAAAUAGCCUUUAGCCUAGGUCCUGAAGACCGCACAAGGCAUGGCUCCAACAGAGUAGGGCCUGCCAUGGUUGCUGACCUGCGCUGAGUAGUUUUUAUCUGUAGAUCUAUUAAAAGCACAUUUGUUACUUUA